UUAUUAUUAACGAUAGAGAUAAAAACGCGUGUUACUUAAAACACUCUCCUCCUCGUUUCCAUCUCCUUCACUUUCUCUAACGCCUCCUAUAACUACUCUCACUUUUGUGGAUCCAGGGGGUGUGCACUGUGCUUCAUCUCCUCCUCCUCCUUUCGUCUAAAUUGUUUCUUGACGUACACGUUUCUACAGGUUAUCAGAAGAAACCUAACAAUGAGUCAACCUCCUGUCGGUGUUCCUCCUCCUCAAGGCUAUCCGCCGGAGGGAUAUUCAAAAGAUGCUUAUCCACCGCAAGGAUAUCCUCCACAGCAGGGGUAUCCGCCGCAAGGCUACCCUCCACAGCAGGGGUAUCCGCCGCAAGGCUAUCCACCACAAGGCUAUCCACCACAGCAAGGCUAUCCACCACAGCAGGGCUAUCCUCCUCAAGGUUAUCCUCCUCCUUAUGCGCCUCAAUAUCCUCCGCCACCACCGCAUCAUCAGCAGCCACAAAAGUCCGGUCCUGGAUGUCUAGAAGGAUGUCUUGCUGCUCUCUGCUGUUGUUGUCUCUUGGAUGCUUGCUUCUGAUUAAAGUAUCUGCUCUCAGAGGCUGCUGAUUUCAUUUGCAAGAGAAGUGUUUGGCAAAACACAAGAACCUUAAAUUGAUUUAUGGGAUAUAAAAUGAAUGGAUUGCUGAUAAUAUAAUCUCUCGUCUAUUCGCUUUCUUUUACGUUUUGUCUUCUUUGGGCUCAUAAAUUAUGUUUCUAUCGACGUUCUAGCUAGCUCAGGUUUGGAUUUGAGAUAAUGGGAAUGUAAAUUGGUUGGUAUGAUAUGAAUACACUAUUCCUUUUGCCUCAGUA